UGGAGGCGCGGGACCCUCCGUUAUGCGUUACGUGGUCCCGCUGCUUCCUUCCACCGCAUCCCCUGUCAAGGCUGCGUGGUGCGGGAGGUAUUUAAGGAGGUCGGCGGGUUUCCGGGUUCAGUGCCGCUGACAGACCGAGGCAGGGGACUUCAAACAUGCCUGUGACUGGGGUGGAAAUCCAGCAAACUGCAGGCACCUCAGCACCAUCCUGCACAGAAGGAAGACAGUUCAACAUGAGCUCCCAGCCUGACAAAGGCCACCAGAAGCAGCCGGGUAAUGGACACACUCACCAGGAUCCCAACCAGAACCAGAACCACAGACCACAGCAUGUAGAGGGACCUGGGACUCCGGCCCUGUCCAUGCCCAUCCCUGACGUGCAUAUCCAGUAUACCAAGUUGUUCAUCAACAAUGAGUGGCACGAGUCAAGCAGUGGGAGGAAGAUUCCUGUGCAUAAUCCCGCUACAGGGGAGUUACUGUGUGAAGUGGAGGAGGCUGAUGCAGAGGAUGUAGACAAAGCGGUGAGGAGUGCCAGAGCUGCCUUCCAGAUGGGGUCACCAUGGCGAUCCAUGGAUGCCUCGGACCGCGGUCACCUGCUCAACAAACUGGCUGACUUGGUGGAGAGAGACCAGUUACUGCUGGCAACCCUGGAGGCUCUGGACUCUGGAAAAGUGUUUCUCAUGGCAUUUUUUGUAGAUCUAAUGGCCACGAUCAAAACCCUGAGGUAUUAUGGCGGCUGGGCAGAUAAGAUCCACGGCAAAACCAUUCCUAUUGACGGAGAGUAUUUCACUUACACACGGCAUGAGCCCAUCGGAGUGUGUGGGCAGAUCAUUCCUUGGAAUUUCCCGGUGAUGAUGUUUGCGUGGAAGAUCGCUCCAGCUCUGUGCUGUGGAAACACUGUGGUGAUCAAACCUGCUGAACAGACCCCACUAACAGCCCUGCACAUGGCAGCGCUCAUCAAAGAGGCUGGGUUUCCUCCAGGCGUUGUGAACGUGUUGCCGGGUUACGGGCCGACAGCAGGCUGCGCUAUUGCUCACCACAUGGACAUCGAUAAAGUUGCCUUUACUGGAUCAACUGCUGUUGGUAAAAUCAUCCAGAAGGCCGCAGGUGACACCAACCUGAAAAGAGUCACGCUAGAACUGGGGGGCAAAAACCCAAACAUUGUCUUCGCUGACUCUGACUUAGAGUACGCGGUGGAGCAGGCCCACAGCGGUCUGUUCUUUAACCAGGGCCAGUGCUGCUUGGCCGGGUCCAGGGUGUUUGUCGAAGAGCCCAUCUACGAGGAGUUUGUCCGCCUCAGUGUAGAGAAGGCCAGAUCCAAAGUUCUGGGAAACCCGCUGCUUCCAGGAGUGGACCAGGGACCGCAAAUCGACCAGAAGCAGUUUGAUAAGAUCAUGGAGCUGAUAGAGAGCGGGAAGAGGGAGGGAGCCACGCUGGAGUGUGGAGGCUCUGCAUGGAACCAGCAGGGACUCUUCAUCCAACCCACCGUCUUCUCCAAUGUUACAGAUGAUAUGCGUAUCGCCAAGGAGGAGAUUUUUGGUCCAGUGCAGCAGAUCAUGUGUUUCCGCAGUGUGGAGGAAGUCAUCCAGAGAGCCAAUGCCACACACUACGGCUUGGCAGCGGGAGUGUUCACCAACGACAUCGACAAGGCCCUCACAGUCUCCUCUGCCCUGCAGGCUGGCAUGGUCUGGGUGAACUGCUACAAUGCUAUGAGCGCUCAGUGUCCUUUUGGUGGCUUCAAGAUGUCUGGGAACGGAAGGGAACUUGGGGAGUACGCUCUUCAGGAGUACACAGAGGUCAAAGCGGUCACCAUCAAAAUCUCACACAAGAACUCCUAACACCGUCAUGUGCUGAAAUAAGUUGCACAUUAACGUCCUCAACCACCUCAUGCCUUCAGAUGCGGCACCGACUCUUUGGAAUAAUCAAAUGACACCCGGAUGUUUCUAAGGCAUCAUCCACUCCAACUGUAUUUUCCAUGAACAUUUACUCCUUUCAUUCCCCCUCAAAUGCUCCUUAUAUUUUCAAUUUCAUACAAAUGUUUUAUUUGUCAAUAUUAAUAUGGCAAUACUGAUUUCCAUUUAUCUAUAUUCUUAUAGUGAAGCAGUGUAUCUGAGACCUAUCACAUAGUUUUGAUGUGCAGUCCCUGCUCUGUAAAGAACUGGCUGUCAUGUGUUAGUGUAGGGAUUGUGAGAAUUCAGAUAGCACCUUGAUGCCUGUAAUGCGUAGCAGACAUAUCUGACUUAUUUUAUUAGGUGUCAUACAAAAAAA